UGGUUCAGGAAAGGGCGGAAGUGCUUUGAUGUCUGGCGGAAGCGGAAGCGCGUCCUUGAAAGGUGAUGGCGGUGCUGGUGAGAGCCGUGAAGCACCGAGCUGGAGAAUCUCAAUGGAUUGCAUUAUGCAAUGGAUUAAUACAAACAACAUUCGUUCAACCACAAUGGGGCAGAAUGCUUCAUGGCACUCUUCAGAGACACAAGAAUGUCCAAUCAUGCCUAACAAGGGUUUGCUGUGGAUUGAUACAAACUGUUGGUACAGUAAAACAGCCUAAGAGAACACUUCAUCACACAAAAACGGUUUUUACAGCCAAAGAUUCCCUUCAGCCAUCUGAAGAGAAAGUAGGUGCUUUCACAAAAAUAAUAGAAGCAAUGGGAUUCACUGGACCACUAAAAUAUAACAAAUGGAAAAUUAAAAUAGCAGCACUGCGCAUGUACACAUGUUGUGUAGAGAAAAUAGAUUAUGAGGAAUUCUUUAACAGAUUUCAGAUGCCUGACACAUUGAACUCUUGGUUUUUAGUAGCACAGCUUCAUGUAUGGAUGUGCUUAGUACGAAUGAAGCAAGAAGGCCGAGCAGGAAAAUACAUGUGUCGCUAUAUAGUUCACUCGAUGUGGGAGGAUGUGGAGCAGCGUGGGAAGGUCAUGGGGAUUGAUUCUGUUUCCCUGAAAGAAAGCAUGAGAAACAUGACAGAGAAUUUCUAUGCAGCUAUUUUUGGAUAUGACGAGGGGAUUUUAUCAGACGAUCAUGUCCUUGCAGCAGCCAUCUGGAGAAAUCUGUUCAAUAAACAUUGUGAUGAUCCAAGGAAGUUGGAAAUAAUGGUAGAAUAUGUGCGUAAACAGGUGCAGCACCUGGAUGCUAUGCCUGGGGAAGACCUCCUGCUGUCUGGUGAAGUGACAUGGCGCCCCCUUGUGGAAUCAAAUGCACAAAGCAUUGUGAAGCCUGCUUUACCAACAUACAAUGAUGAAGGACUCUGAAAUCUUCAUCAACCAGAUGGAAAAUGUUUGCUGCUGAUUGUGUGGAACAAUUCCUGGAAGUGGGACUUGAUAUAUGCUAUAGGGCUUUAAAAGGAGAAGAUAAUAAAUGCUGUAGUUACUAUAUGAAAGAGUGAUUAAAACUCCACUCUUUUGUAGUUGUUUCUACCUGAGUAAAUCUGAACAACCUGCUAUUUUUAGUAUUAUAUGUGUCAUCAAAUGCUGCUAUUUUAAGGACUCCCUCACCAUUACAUUAUCCAAGUCCCAGCAAGCUGGUUCUCAAAGAGAACCUUUGGCUUUUGAGAGCAAAAUAGUUUACGAAAGUGAUAAGCAAGCUGCCUUUUGUCUAGUGAGGGAAUCAGAUUCUCAUAUGUUACGAUUUAUUCUUCUGUGAAAAGCACAAGCAUAACCUGAAAACUCUUUCUGUACAGGUAUUGUAAGUUUCAGGCUAUGCAAAAUCUGAAAAUGGCUGAGGUUGUUAAAAGGUUGGCCUGUGGCAUCCCAUUUAAGAUAAGGUUAAAAUUGAUACAGUUGGUAUGGGGCAAUUUUUCCUCCUUGCUUUAGCAGCAUAGAAAUAAAAAUUGUUUGAUAAUGACCUUAUCUGAGGCAGGGCCUGAAAGCUAAAUAAUAGGUGAAAUGCAUUUAUAUGCAUGUAAGGUGUAGGUUUUACAAAAUGCAAACAGUAUUUGCCUAAGGGAAAAGAAAUUAAUGACAUCAUACUUUGUUGAGAGAAGUAUAAUCCUUUCUUUCCCUUCUGUGAGACUCCCUUUUCUGAAGCUUGUAUUUGCUGGUGGGGGAUUUCUACCAAAACGAUAGCACCUUCAGAGGAAGCGUUUUCUCAGAGAGGAUGAGAAGAUUAAAUUGCAGUGAUCCUAGUUAUUAUCAGCUAUUUCUUUCCCUGUCACCAUCAGUGAUGCACUUUGUACUUUUUAAAAAACUGCAAUAUAUAUUCAAUUUCAAGGUCUAGCUUGGCCUUGAGUGUCCAGAAAACAUUUUUCGGCCUACCAUUUUUGUCUUUCGAAGUUUUGCAGAAUUAACGUUUCCAUUGUUUUUCCUCAGGUCAUUUCCCUUCAAAAUAGUGGUUCAGGAUCUCUGUGAGACUAAAAAUUUGACCAAAUGGUUCCCCUUGCCCCCAGUUUCUUUAUCAAAUUUACCAUCACUUAGAAAUGAUUUUUGUAUGCAUUAUAUAAAAGUUAGGACAUCAUUCAUUUUUAAAGACAGAACCCUCUUUGUCAUGGUCAUAAGUGUAAACUG